CUCUUUGCGCCUUCAACAUCUCUGGAGUGUGUCGGUGUAAAAAGAAGCGCUGAGGAGGAGAGUAGCGAGCUCUGUGUCUUAUUUCCUUCCGACUCCCCGUCACUUCUCAGCGGACUCGGACAGUCACAGCGGUCCGGGAGUAGAGAGCAACAGUAGGUCUCGCCUAUCGCGGGGAGCAAGGCAGGCGGAGGACUCACAGAAAGCUUUCUUCGAAGAGAGAAAGAGUUGAAAAGCAAGGAGAGUGUGUAUUACAACUAAGGGAGGGUAACCCGCUGGAAAAAAGGAGCGGAGAGAGACCAGCAGCCUCACCGGCCAUCAUCGGUGUUUCACCCAAAGCAGGGGGAGCCUCCUCGGGGCUCGGAUAUUAAAGAAAUCGAAGAGGCCCCACUUGGUCGACCGUGUCCGUCUGUGGAGAUCGCACUACAGGAGGAGCACAAGAGGGACAUCUAUCUGUGGAAAGAGGGAGCGGGAAAGUAAAUGCCAAGCCCUUCUCCUCCUCAGACAGUCUAGCAAAGGUCCAGGAGGUAGCAAGCUGGCUUUUGGAAAUGAACCAGGAUCUGCUGUCUGGGGGCAGCAGGAGGCGGCGGCCGGGUGGCUCUGUGCGAGGUAACGCCUCCUCGGCCAGGGCGCCCCACGAAGGGGGCGGAGAGGGGGAGGAGGAGGAGCACAUGGACCGCGUGGUGGAGGAAGAGCAGCAGCAGCAGCAGCCGCAGCCAGCGCCGGCAGGGGCCGAGGGGCAGUGGUCUUCUGGGGAGUCGGGGGCCCGCGAUGAGGAAGAGGCGGCGGCGGCGGCGGCGGCGGCGGGGAACGAGGUGAACGGGGAGGGAAAGCGCCCUGCGUGGAUGUGGAACGCAGAGGGCCGGCAGGAGCCGCCGGAAGAGGAGGAGAAUGAGGAGAACGAGGAGGAGGAGAACAACAACAGCGGCCAGCACGCCGGCGAGGAGGAGGCGGCCAAUCCCGAGGAGCGACAGGAAAACCGCGGGGUCAGAGAGGAAGUGGGAGAGGAGGCCGAGGAGGAGGAGGAAGAGGAGGGGCUGGAGGAAGAGGAGGAGGAGGAGGAGGAGGAGAUGGACCAGGACAGCGAUGACUUUGAGCGCUCAGAGGACAGCGGGCGGGAGGAGGAGGGGGGUCACCUCCACUCACCGGCGCAAAGGAACAGUGUUACAGACCCCAAUGACAACAUGGACAUCUCCUCAGAGCAGCAGCACCAAACACCGCCCUCUCUCAUCAAGACGCAGAUGAAGAGAAAGUUGGACCACGGCCCCGAGGUCCGAUCUUUCCCUUCAGGAAAAAAGCCCUGCAAGGGCUCCGAGUACCCAAGCCCUACAGGGCUUGUUCCGUACCCAGCCACACCCACCACGUUCGGGGACUUGAGGGCAGCCAACGGACAGGGGCAGCAGCGGCGCCGGAUUACAUCCAUCCAGCCCCCCACCGGCCUGCAGGAAUGGCUCAGGACGUUUCAGAGCUGGAGUGGACCAGAGAAGCUGCUCGCAUUGGACGAGCUCAUAGACAGCUGCGAGCCGACGCAGGUCAAGCACAUGAUGCAAGUGAUCGAGCCGCAGUUCCAGCGAGAUUUCAUCUCCCUUCUGCCCAAAGAGCUGGCCCUCUACGUGCUCUCGUUCCUGGAACCCAAGGACCUGCUGCAGGCAGCGCAGACCUGCCGCUACUGGCGAAUCCUGGCCGAGGACAACCUGCUGUGGAGGGAGAAAUGCAGGGAGGAAGGUAUUGACGAACCCCUGCAUGUCAAGAGGAGGAAAGUGAUCAAACCGGGCUUCACACACAGUCCCUGGAAAAGCGCAUACAUCAGGCAGCACAGAAUAGACACGAACUGGAGAAGAGGGGAACUGAAGUCACCCAAGGUGCUUAAAGGUCAUGAUGAUCAUGUGAUCACUUGCCUUCAGUUCUGUGGCAAUCGAAUUGUUAGUGGUUCAGAUGACAACACGCUUAAGGUCUGGUCAGCAGUCACAGGAAAGUGUUUAAGAACGUUAGUCGGGCAUACGGGUGGUGUCUGGUCAUCUCAAAUGAGGGACAACAUUAUCAUUAGUGGUUCAACAGACCGGACUCUCAAAGUAUGGAAUGCAGAGACCGGGGAAUGUAUUCACACGCUGUAUGGCCAUACGUCUACUGUCCGCUGCAUGCACCUUCAUGAAAAAAGGGUGGUGAGUGGCUCUCGGGACGCCACGCUGCGCGUGUGGGACAUUGAGACGGGCCAGUGUUUACACGUCCUCAUGGGCCACGUGGCGGCAGUGCGCUGUGUUCAGUACGACGGCAGGAGAGUGGUGAGCGGAGCCUACGACUUCAUGGUGAAAGUGUGGGACCCCGAGACGGAAACCUGCCUGCACACACUUCAGGGACACACCAACAGGGUCUACUCUUUACAGUUUGAUGGUAUCCAUGUAGUCAGUGGUUCUCUCGACACCUCAAUCCGUGUUUGGGAUGUGGAGACAGGGAACUGCAUUCAUACGUUAACGGGACAUCAGUCAUUAACGAGUGGGAUGGAACUCAAAGACAACAUACUGGUCUCUGGCAAUGCUGACUCGACUGUCAAAAUCUGGGACAUCAAAACAGGACAGUGUUUGCAGACAUUGCAAGGUCCUCAUAAACACCAGAGCGCCGUGACUUGCCUACAGUUUAACAAGAACUUUGUAAUAACCAGCUCGGACGAUGGGACUGUGAAACUGUGGGACCUGAAGACGGGCGAAUUCAUCCGCAACCUGGUGACACUGGAGAGCGGAGGCAGCGGCGGUGUGGUGUGGCGCAUCCGGGCCUCCAACACCAAGCUGGUGUGUGCGGUGGGCAGCCGGAACGGCACAGAGGAGACCAAGCUGCUGGUUCUGGACUUCGACGUGGAUAUGAAAUGAAGGAGGAAGAGCAAGACAAGGUUUCAACGCGUCUGAACAUGUUACGUCAAAACACUUCACCCCUCCUUCCACCAUCACCGCCACUCCAGUUCUGACCUUAGACACCCCCACCCUUGAGCUGCUGGUGGAAACCAAGCCUGGUUCGGGGCAGUGAGAAGCACCGGUGUAGACUGCUGGGAAGGGGAGAAGAACGCUAACUGACAGAAGGCAAACAUGCUAUCAUAGCGCAUGAGUGACCUCCCUUUUUGGCUCGGGGCAGCUCAGCACAGACAGACUUGGUCACUCAAGCCUGAUGCAACCGUUAACAUGUAUAAAUAUAUAUGUAUAGUUUCUUUUUUUUUUUCCACAUAAACAGCCAACUGAUUUAUGGAGUCACCGCUGUGUACAUAAGUCAAAAGGAAAGAGAAGUUGUCUUGUAAGAAAUGUUAAAUAGUGUAAAGAAAAAGCAUAAAAUCUAAAAAAAAGAGCUUCUUAUCGGGGGAAAAAGUUUAAGCCAAGAACUGAUCGACUUUCAAACCAGGAGGCACUUGCCUCAGUUCUGUACCAUUUCUGUUGCUGUUGUUUUUCCGUCUGUUGUUUCCUGGUUUGAAUACUACAAAAAAAGCAAACGUACUGUGAAUUUUAGUUAUUUUGUACAUGUGAUCAAUUCAACAAGACUUUUGCCUAAUGUUGCCAACAACAAUCAGUCACAGUAUUAACCUCCGUUUCUCUCUCUUUUGCUCUCUUUGUCUCUCCACUUUUUGUUGUGUUCUUUUUUAAAGCUGAAUCUGGGUUUAUUGCUCUGGAAAGGCAAGCUGUCCUGAGUUUUCAAGAAGUCCGGCUGGUUUAGUUCCUCAAUGCUGGUGCUAUGUGGGGGGAGGGGUCUCUGUGAGCUAAUGGGAAUAGCGUCCCAUCCCUGUACUGUAUUCCCAGUGGCCAAACUAUAUUUAUGCUGCUAAAAGAAAAGAAAGGUGGAACUUUUAUUGCUGCGACGUUUUAGUCCCAGACUAAAUUCCAAAUUUACUCUAGUUUGGACUUUUUAAAAGAGAAACAUGAAAAACAACCUAAUUUUUUUUUUUGCCACUGAAACUUGAGCCAAAUGUGCCUCUAAGAGGCUGAGUGUAGGAAAGUGUUGGACAGACAAAGAUGGGUUUGCCUGCGAGGAAGAAACAAAAAUGGUUGAGCAGAUUUUUCGUGUGCGUGUGUUUCUGGGCAAAUUGUAAACACAUUCCUUAGGACAAAGCUCUUUUCAGCCUGUUCUGUGGGGAACGUAUAUGUUUUGAGGACUGUGGUGAAAUGGAAUGAACAUAUAGAAUAUACACAUUUGAAUAUAUAUGUAUAUAUGUGUGUAUAUAUACAUAUAUUACAAAUUAUAAACUGACAAAAAAUAAGAAGACGAAAAUUGCAUAUAAGUGCGAGUCAGUCUUAGUGUUGAGACUUUAACAUUAGUUUUUUGCCGUGAACUGACUUGGCUAAACAGUUACAGUUUGUGAAUGGAAAAGCACCACAGGCAAAAAUAAGUAAAGUAGCCAAAAGAUUUGCCUCAUUCUCCAAGAGCCACACAACUCAAGCUGAACUGUGAAAGUGGUAUAACACUGUAUAUUAAACAAUCUUGUUCUUUCUCUUCUCUCUCUUAUUUUUUCCUGUUAAUUUAUAGUCUGGUUUGAGAAAUCAGAUGUUGCAGGUGUUUUUAUUUUUCAGUUCAUGUAACUGCCUGACGUAACAGACUGAAAAACCUUAAAGGGAUUGUGUCUAUCGUUUGAUUCACUUAGAAUUUUUAUUUUCUUAUAACUUAAGUGCAAUAAAAUGUGGGUUUUUUUUUCAUUUCAAGCA